AGUUUCAUUAUCGCAACAUGCGGGAUACCACCCACCUGCAUCGUUUGGCUCCUAAAAGGCUCAGGCUUUAAUCCCUCCGUGGCAUACAUAUAUGCCACUAUCAUCGUUAUCGGAUGGGUCUGCCUGGUGACUGGACAGUCUGUCGUGCUAUACUCCCGGCUACAUCUCGUCGACCAUAACCCCAGCCACCUCCGGCUCGUUCUCGCUAUGAUCCUGACCAAUAUCGUCGUCUGUCACGUCCUCGGUCUUAUUUUUAUAUACGGCAUACAUUCGCCGCAUGCCAAACGCUUUGCGUUAGUCUAUUCUGUGCAGGCAAAAAUCACCGUUAGCCUCUUUUUCGUGCAGGAGUUAGUAAUCUCGGGAUUAUAUAUCUACGCAACUAUUCAGCUCUUCCGCGAUUCGACAUGGCGCACUCAGUCGGCUCGCAAAAGGAUGCUGCGUAUUAUCAUGAAUAUCAUCAUCAUCCUCGUCGAUAUCCCGAUCCUGGGGCUAGAGUAUGCGGGAUACUACCAGCUUCAGACGGCCUAUAAGGCGAUGGCCUACUCGAUCAAACUUAAGAUCGAGUUCAGAAUCCUCAACGGCCUUGUUGAUCUGACAAAAACCGAUAUCCAGACGAGAUCUAUCGAUUGA